UUGCCUCGCCGUGGAACAGCUGCCUACCUAGAUACUUGGGUAUCUACAGCCCUAGCUAGCUGAAUGCGAGAGUGCCUAUAUAUACCACCUCUAUCUGCUUCCCUGGACCACUUGAUUCUCCUAGAUCUCCACCGACAAGUCUUAUUCUUACCUACCUACCUACCUACCUACCUACCUACCUGCCUAUAACACACACACACACACACAUCACCACCACCACCACCACCACCAACAACAACCACCUACACAAGAACCACCCCACUACAACCUUUGCACGCAAGCUCAACCACUGCAACAAUGGAGUGGAAUCAACAAACGAAUCCAGCAGCGGGCCCCCAGGCCCACGACUUCUGGGCUUUCCCGGGAUCCCUGCCCGGGCGGCCGGGCGGCGGAACCGACCACAUUGACCUUCACGGCCCGUUCCCCUUCCGGUUCGGACCGGGCGCCGACGGCGUCGCAUUCGGGCCCCAUGGGCCAUGGGACCCCAGGGGCAGACGGGGCUCGUUCAGCCGCGACGAGUGCAGCUCCGACGAGGAGUCGCAGGCUUCCGGCGCCACCCCAGGCCUGGAUGCAAAGGUGCCCCCCGUCUCUGGGGGCGAGGGCGGCGCGAACAUGGAGGGGGUCGUUGACUCUGGGGAGAAGGAGGGCUCGCCCGACGCGGCCAGCGACGCGGCCGAGCCUGAGAAGGCCGGUGACAAACAGGGCGAGAAGCCAGCCGGCGGAGCUCGGGGCUGCCGUCACGGACGUCACGGCCGCCAUGGCCCGCGUGGUCCUCAUGGUCAUCAUGGCCCUCCCGGCCCUCAUGGCCCUCCCCACCAUGGACACCCCGGACCCGGCGGGCCGCAUGGUGGGCCGCGUGGCGGACCAUUCGGCGGGCCGUUUGGUGGCCUAUUUGGCGGCCACUUUGGUGGACCCUUCCACGGGCCUCCAUUUGGCGGACGGGGCCGCGGUGGUCGGGGAUGCGGACGCCGCGGGGGCUUCGGAUUCGGCUCCCAUGAGAUGCACACAGCUUUCGGACGGGGUGCCGAGCCCCAACAGGCCUUCCAGCAGGCCCUUGCGGCGGCGGCCAUGGCGGCACACCAGCACGUCGGCCGAUACAUACAGUCCCUGAGCGGCGCCCCACGCGGCGACGGCCCCUCGGUAGCGAUGGGCGAGAACGACACGGGCGCGCCCGACAACACGGACGGCGACGACAGCAACAACAACAACGGCGGUGGCGACGACCUGGAGUACUUCACGCCCCCGGUCGACAUCUUCGAGACCGAGGCCGGGCCGAGCGGCUCCUGGGUCGUGCACGUCGCCGUCCCCGGCGCCAAGAAGGAGGACGUCGGCAUCCACUGGCAGGCGGAGCGGGGCGUGCUCGCCAUCUCGGGCGUCGUCUACCGGCCUGGGGACGAGGCGUUCCAGCGCGGUCUCGUCAGCUCCGAGCGGAAGAUGGGGCUGUUCAAGCGGGAGGUGCGCCUGCCUCCCCCCUCGUCGGCCCCGACCGGCAAGGAGGACGUCGACACGAAGGGCAUCACUGCGCGCCUCGAGGACGGCGUGCUCUCCAUCACGGUCCCCCGGGUGGAGAAGGAGUGGACAGAGGUCCACAAGGUCGAUAUUAUCUGAGCGAUGACUGUCUUUUACUGGCUGAGUGAGGAGUAAAGGCGUUUGUUUGGGUUGCCUGUGUUAGCCUGCCUGCGUGUUUGUGCUGCUUGGAGAUACAUGGAAGAUGAACAAAAAAAGAAACAACCUGGGGGAAAAAAAAGGAAAAAAGAAAGGAAAACCCCUCAAAAGGGACAAAAAACGACUUGAAAAACAAGCAGCAAAACAAAUAAAAAUGGGUAUACUCUUGUA